AUGGAGGCAAUCGAGUAUCGCCGCAUCACCACGCCGGAAGAUUUUGAAGAUGUGGGUGCACUGCGUCUCAAAGCGUUCAACGCCAAGGACGUCUACGAACGCAAAUUCGACUCGCCGCUCGUCGAGGCGCUGGACUUCGAGCCGGACACCUAUGUGUUCGGCCUUUAUCAUGCCGACCAGCUCGUUGCGUCCAUGCGGCUGAACAUGCUGUCGGCGAACACGCCGCCGACACCGGCGAUGGAGCUUUUUUCCGAGACGCUUUCGCCGCUGCUGGCGCAGGGCAUGGUGUUCGUCGAUCCGAGCCGUUUUGCCAUCGAUGCCGAAGCGUCGAAAAUCCAGCCCGCGUUGCCGCUUCUCACGCACCGCCUGUCGACCAUGAUGACGCUGCACAAGCGCGCCGACUACUGCCUUUGCGCGGUCAAGCUCGAGCAUGAGGCCUAUUACCGGCGCGUGUUCGGGGCGACGCGCCUUGCCGGCCCCUUCGAGCCGGAGGGUAUGUGCGUCCAGGCCGUGCUGCUCGGCAUUUCGCGCAACAAUGUCGACUACAUCAUGAGCCGAAAUCCGCUGUUUCACUACACCGAGACCGAAGCGCGGCUCCUGUUCGACCGGCUCGAGGAUGCGCUGCCGCCGCUGUGCGUGCGGCCGACCGCCCGCUACGCGCUCAACGCCGCCUGA